ACUCCUCUUUAACAGUUAAGCAAUAAUAAAAGGUAUGGGACCAACUUUUUUUUCAUAUCAUACGAACUAGUUUCAAACUUGUUACAUCUAAAACAAAAAUGAAAAACCCAAUCAAACUACAAACAUUCAUCUUCUUCCUAGUAACAAUUCUCCAUAAUAACCAUCUAGCCAAAGCUCAACCUCCAAUUACCAUUAAUCCUUAUGAAUUCCUCCACAUUAUCCCAAACCCGGACGGGUCAAUAACCCGAAUCAAGGAGUUUUUCCCAACCGUACCACCAAACACUACCACUUCGUUAGCUAUCUCUAAAGAUGUCCCUCUUAACCCGUAUAAAAAGACGUGGGUUCGACUCUACUUGCCCUCCGGCCUGUCCGGCCCGCCCGGAUAUUUAAAUAACCUCCCCAUCGUGGUGUUCGCCCACGGUGGGGCAUUUGUGUUACUUAGCACGGCCACCCCUGACAUCGACUUAUUUCUCUCUAACACGGCGAGUAAACUCCACGUGUUAGUUGUCUCGGUUGAGUACCGCCUCGCCCCCGAACACCGCCUCCCGGCCGCCUACGACGACGUUUUGGAGGCGUUGUAUUGGGUGAAGGAUAAGAAGGAUGAGUGGGUUGGAAAAUAUGGGGAUGUUUCUAGGUGCAUUAUGAUGGGAGAGAGUGUAGGGGGAAACAUAGUGUACAACGUUGGAUUACGAGCUUCUGUCUUAACACGUGUGUUAAAACCGUUGGUAAUACGAGGUUUAGUCUUAAUCCAACCGUUUUAUGGUGGAGGUAAUCUAAAUCGGGGUUAUAAAGAUCCGAAUAUCGAGGUAGUGGCCGAUUUGUUGUGGAAUUUAUCUUUACCACUUGGGGCUAAUUGGAACAACCCGUAUUUUAACCCGACGUUCGGUGGCGGAUCUAGCAAUUUGGAUAUAAUUCGCCGGUUGGGUUGGCGGGUUGCUUUUGCGGGUUGUGACGGGGAUUUUAUUUUUGACAAACAAUUAAAGGUGUUCGAAUUUUUCAAGGGACGAGGGUUGGAUGUUAUUGGUUAUUUUGGUAGAGGAUAUUAUCAUGGUGUUUUUGUUGAAGAUCCUUCAGAAUCUCAAAAGAUAUUUGAAUUUGUGCGAUAUGUAUUUUCUUCAUAUAUAUAGUUUUUUGAAUGAUUAUUAUGGGGUUUAUGCCUGUCUAAGCAAGUUUGUGUAAUUUAGUUUGUACGUUAAUUACAUUAUUCUUGCAAAUUCAUAAAUCGAUGAGAAGUGCAUUACAAAUUUGAUCAUAUAAAAUAAUAAAAUAUCUUACCUGUGAAUUUAAUGAAA